AUGAUGAGAGGUGGCGGUCGCCGGAGCGUAAAAUAUGAAGAAGUAAUCAUCCUGGUAGCAGCUGGCCAGGACUUACUUCGAGACGAAGGUUUCGAAACGAUGGUUCCAGGGGACAGGAGCACCGUGUGGCUGCCUGAACGCGAGACUAGAACAACGGAAGGGAGGGUCGAGGGUUUCAGCCCGGGGUCGAGCUUAAUUUCGCGGCCACCUGGAAAUCCUUUGGUAUCGUGCCAACUCAUUGCCGGAUUCAUUCAUAACGAAAGAGACUUACAGCCCUCAAAGAACACAACUUCGUAUAUUAUGCGUAUCGUGAAAUCCCAUCUCGCGGAAGUCGGAAGUCUUAGAACAGUUGUUAAUAAUAACGUGUUACAUCCGCUUCGAAACUGUGAAAUGUUAAACAAUUUCCACUGCGAGCAACACCGGAUUCUAAUAGCUCUGCAUCGCGAUAGUAUAUUAUAUAAAGGGAGAGCGCCUGUAGCACAGCGGGGAAUUCCAACAUCGAAUAAACUAUCAUCUAACAGACGUGCCAGUAGUUUGAAAGUUUUUGAACGACACCAAUGCGCAAUAUUCUUAGACAAUGGGCACACCACCACAACAGUCACAGUAAGAAUGGAACGUUCGAAUCCGAGGAAUCUUUCGGCGAGGGUUUGGGUAGCUGUCGAUGAAAACCACUCGCAGAUGAAAAUUGCUUUCGGCAAAUGGUUCGAGGAUUGUGUACGGGGAGUUAAAUUAAAUUCGCGAAAAACGAGAACACACUCCUCUCCGAAAUCGAGGUUAGGAUUUAUUCGAAGACAAGUACCGUAUAGAGGUUCCGCUGUAGGCAUGCAAUGGAUCGAAAGCAAUUUGCCGGCCAUUCGAUCCCUCGAAGACCACGUCCUCAUCGAACAAGCUCGUAUCCCUCGUCAGCCUCAUCUUGAAGACCCUGAGACAGAAAUCAUACCAGAUUACACGUUA